AUGAGAAGAUUCUAUCUAUCUAUCUAUCUAUCUAUCUAUCUAUCUAUCUAUCUAUCUCAAGUGUGUUCCUAUCUAUCUAUCUAUCUAUCUCAAGUGUGUUCCUAUCUAUCUAUCUAUCUAUCUAUCUCAAGUGUGUUCCUAUCUAUCUAUCUAUCUAUCUAUCUAUCUAUCUAUCUAUCUAUCUAUCUAUCUAUCUAUUAUAUACCCGUACAAACAUAUAAAAUAUCCUGUCUUUUUAUCUUCCUUUUCCUCCUCUCUUUUUUGUCUUCCUUUUCCUCCUCUCUUUUUUGUCUUCCUUUUCCUCCUCUCUUUUUUGUCUUCCUUUUCCUCCUCUCUUUUUUGUCUUCCUUUUCCUCCUCUCUUUUUUGUCUUCCUUUUCCUCCUCUCUUUUUUGUCUCCCUUUUCCUCCUCUCUUUUUUGUCUUCCUUUUCCUCCUCUCUUUUUUGUCUUCCUUUUCCUCCUCUCUUUUUUGUCUUCCUUUUCCUCCUCUCUUUUUUGUCUUCCUUUUCUUCAUGUCGUUUUUUUUGUCUUCCUUUUCCUCACCUCUUUUUGUCUUCCUUUUACCAGUCUGUCUCGCUUUUACUUCCCUGUUUUCUUCAUUUUGCAUGUAUUUCUCUCGGCAAAGAGUUUUUAUCCCCUUUUUUCUUUUUCUCUCUCUCUUUUAAUUGUCGUCUGGUUUCUUUCUCCUUUCCCUCGUCUCCCCUCUCCUUCCCCCUCCUCCCUCUCUCUGUUCCUCUCCUCCACUUUUGCUUUCCCCCUCCCCUCUGUGUCAUCUUUCUCUCUUUCCGUCAGCAAUUGAGAUUCUUCCCCUGGAGAGAUCUCUUUCAUGUCGACGGCGCCUGCUGGUCUGACGGAGUCGAGCGGUUCUUCUCACUGUUGAACACUGCGUGGGAGAACUUCUUUCCGAGUUCCGAAAGUCUUCCACGAACCACAGCAUUUCUUUAUUUUCUCUAUCUAUCUAUCUAUCUAUCUAUCUAUCUAUCUAUCUAUCUAUGUCUAGUUCUGUCUGUCUAUCUAUCUAUGUCUAGUUCUGUCUAUCUAUCUAUCUAUCUAUCUAUCUAUCUAUGUCUAUUCUAUCUAUCUAUCUAUCUAUCUAUCUAUCUAAUUAUGUCUAGUUCUAUCUAUCUAGCUAUCUAUCUAAUUAUGUCUAGUUCUAUCUAUCUAGCUAUCUAUCUAACUAUGUCUAGUUCUAUCUAUCUAUCUAUCUAUCUAACUAUUUCUAUCUAUCUAUCUAGCUAUCUAUGUCUAGUUCUAUCUAUCUAUCUAACUAUUUCUAUCUAUCUAGCUAUCUAUCUAACUAUGUCUAGUUCUAUCUAUCUAUCUAGCUAUCUAUCUAACUAUUUCUAUCUAUCUAUCUAUCUAUCUAUCUAUCUAACUAUGUCUAGUUCUAUCUAUCUAUCUAUCUAUCUAGCUAUGUCUAGUUCUAUCUAUCUAUCUAGCUAUUUCUAUCUAUCUAUCUAUCUAGUGCAAAAUGGCCAUGCAGAUUCAGAAAACAGAACAGACACACAAAAUGACCAGAUGAUUUAUCCAACAGAACAUACCGUAAUUCCUCCCAAGGUUUCACGUAUUGAUCCCAAUUCCAACUCGAACGGACAGAAUUAUUCGGUGUAUCAACCCGCUUUCAAUAAUUUUGUUCCGAAUACCUCAGCAAACGAAAUACCAAAAGACUAUCAGCCAAUUAAGCAGGAAAUGCCGUUACCUGGGUCAUUGGCCUCGCCGGGUGGUGGUGGCGUUGAAGGUUCGAAUUACAGUCCGCCCAUUGGGCUCGCUCUCAGAGCUUCGACUCUGCAUUCGAAUGGACAGCUGAGAAACUUCGGCUGUUCUCUCUCUCUCUCUUCCCCCUCCUCUCUCUCUCUCGCUCUCUACAUCUGUUCAUAUCUGUAUAAAUCGGUUUAUAUCCUUCUCUAUCUAUCUAUCUAUCUAUAUCUAUCUAUCUAUCUAUCUAUCUAUCUAUCUAUCUAUAUCUAUCUAUCUAUCUAUCUAUCUAUCUAUCUAUCUCUGUUUAUAUCAUUCUAUCUAUCUAUCUAUCUCUGUUUAUAUCAUUCUAUCUAUCUCUGUUUAUAUCAUUCUAUCUAUCUCUGUUUAUAUCAUUCUAUCUAUCUCUGUUUAUAUCAUUCUAUCUAUCUAUCUAUCUCUGUUUAUAUCAUUCUAUCUCUCUAUCUAUCAAUCUCUGUUUAUAUCUAUCUAUCUAUCUAUCUAUCUAUCUAUCUAUCUAAAUCUGUUUAUAUCCUUCUAAUCUAUCUAUCUAUCUAUCUAUCUAUCUAUCUAUCUAAAUCUGUUUAUAUCCUCCUAAUCUAUCUAUCUAUCUAUCUAUCUGUUUAUAUCCUUCUAUCUAUCUUGAAAUCUAUCUAUCUAUCUCAGGCGUCUAGUUUUUCUCCUUUAUUUCUCACCGUCUUUUCUUUCAUUCUUUCUUUUCUCUGUCUUUUUGCUUAUUCUUUCUCUCCUUCUUUUUGCUUAUUCUUUCUCUCCCUCUUUUUGCUUAUUCUUUCUCUCCUUCUUUUUGCUUAUUCUUUCUCUCCCUCUUUUUGCUUAUUCUUUCUCUCCCUCUUUUUGCUUAUUCUUUCUCUCUUUUUUGCUUAUUCUUUCUCUCCUCUUUUGCUUAUUCUUUCUCUCCUUUUUUUAUUCUUUUUUCUCCCUCUUUUGCUUAUUCUUUCUCUCCCUUUUUUUGCUUAUUCUUUCUCUCCCUCUUUUGCUUAUUCUUUCUCUCCUUCUUUUUUAUUCUUUUCUCUCCUCUUUUGCUUAUUUUUCUCUCCUCUCUUUUUGCUUAUUCUUUCUCUCCUUCUUUUUGCUUAUUCUUUCUCUUCCUCUUUUUGCUUAUUCUUUCUCUUCCUCUUUUUGCUUAUUCUUUCUCUCCUUCUUUUUGCUUAUUCUUUCUCUCCUUCUUUUUGCUUAUUCUUUCUCUCCUUCUUUUUGCUUAUUCUUUCUCUCCUUCUUUUUGCUUAUUCUUUCUCUCCUUCUUUUUGCUUAUUCUUUCUCUCCCUUUUUUUGCUUAUUCUUUCUCUCCUUCUUUUUGCUUAUUCUUUCUUCUUUUUCCUCUUUUUGCUUAUUCUUCCUUCUUUCUGUUUUACGCUUAAUUAUCUCUCUCAUUUCGCUUUUCUUCUUCCAUCUUUCUUCCUUUUUUUCUUUUCCCAAACUAUUUUUCUCCUUCUACAUUCCCUUCUUUUCACUGUCUUUCUUGCUUCCUCAUUUUUCUUUAUCUUUCUUCUUCCUCCUCUUUUCAUUUCCUUUUAUUUAUUUCUUCUUUUUUUUUUUCAUUUCCUUUUAGUUUUCUUUUUCUCCUCCCGAAUCUUCCUGCUUCCUUUCUUUUUCUCUUUUUAUUUCACUUCUUUCCCCUCCUUUUCUCAUUCUUUCGAUUUGUUUUUAUCCUUUCCUCCUCCUCCUCCUCUCUCUCUCCCCUCUUUCUUUCUACCUUCCAAACCUUUCCAUCUCCCCUUUUCUCUCCGAGCACACCCAUAUUCUAAACUUCCUCUUACUUAA